GUGACAGGAGCGUCAUCGGCGGUGAAAGCUGGACUCAAAGCACACAUCCAGUGAAGAAACUGAUGCGCGCGAGAAGGGAUGCCAGCCAGGCGUGGCUUGUGUUUGAAUAUCCAAUGUGAGAAUGCGUGGGGAGUAUGUAUAUAAUAGAGUCUCUCCAUCUGAUAAACAGAGAUAUCAAACUGAUGAUUAUAGCAAAGGACGUGCGAUAAAGUGAAGGGACGCUGCCUCGCUGUCUUGGAGCAGCAACCGUGCGCCGGCUUUUACGCGUUGGACUCGUGUAAACUUUUCUCUCCCUUCCUUUAAUCACCGAACAUUUCAAAUGCCGUCGCUUAAUUUGACAGCUGUGCAAACGAUGCCAGAGGUCGGAAGUUUUCUGGGGACGCUCGACUUGGAUUUACAAAGCUUUCCUGCACUCGGGACUAUGCCUGUACCGGAGUCUCCAGUGGGCCUGAACGAGCGGCUGGGGCAGAUUGAAGGGAGGCUGCAGCGGGGGUCGCCGACGGAUUUCGGGCACCUGAAAGGGAUCCUGAGGCGACGGCAGCUCUACUGCAGGACCGGCUUUCAGCUGGAGAUAUUCCCCAAUGGGACCGUGCACAGGACAAGGCAGGACCACAGCAGAUUUGGUAUCCUGGAGUUCAUCAGUCUGGCUGUGGGCCUGGUCAGCAUCAGAGGGGUGGACGUUGGACUCUACCUCGGCAUGAGUGAGAAAGGAGAGCUCUAUGGGUCGAAGAAGCUGACGGCGGAAUGCGUGUUCAGGGAGCAGUUUGAGGAGAACUGGUACAACACCUACGCUUCCACUCUGUACAAGCACACGGACACGGGACGCUUGUACUACGUGGCACUCAACAAGGACGGCUCGCCCAGGGAGGGCAACAGGACUAAGAAGCACCAGAAACUCACCCACUUCCUGCCGAGGCCGGUGGAGAUCGAAAAGAUCCCCCAGGCGUACAGGGAACUAUUCCAGUACAGGUGACCAGUGCUUACGGCGGACGAACUGGUUACUACAUCCAGAGGGACGGAAAUUAAAAAAAAUAAUAAAAAUAAGGGUGGGGGUGAAUAUAUUUCGGACGCGUCACAGACUGUUUACCCUCGACUCCCCCCUGAGGUCACUCGGAUUGGGCCUCAGCCCACUGCCAAGCACUGACACAAACAUCGUGCAUGUUCCUGGAUGUCUGGGGGGGACAGGGGGGUUAUCUGGUAAAACCACUGCAUGGACACAGAUGGGGGAGGCCUGCCUGCCUCGCUGCGGUCAUGAAAAUGAGUUUCCACGCUUGGUCAACUACCACUUUUUAGAGGUAAACACUUUCAUACUGAAGUGAAACGCAACGAGAAAUGUGUUUGAGCAGCACCAACUUGCCGGGUGGAGGGAGGAGGGAGGAGGGGAAUGGAUGAAUUUUUACGAGACCAAAACGGCAGAUUUCACAUUGUACAUUUUUUCCACGCACGGCACAAGGUCAAUGGUCAGAAAGUGAGACGGAUGGGAGACAGUCAGGUACUAAGGAAGAAUAAUGUUUGUGAGACGCAACUGUAGUUUUAUUAAGUUGACUUAAUAAUAAAAAAUGAAAGAGGGGAAUAAAGUCUCUUAAGAAGACUGUCCGAGGGAUGAAAGAGCACUAACUGCACAUCCCCGUCGCAGCUGUAGGCACACACUCGGCCUCUCUUCUAGUCAUCAGUCUAACGACAUCAACCAUCACAUUUAGAUAAAAUAUCAAGCAGCGUCGUGGUGGAAUUGUGCGCUAAAACAAGCGAUUGAGAUCGGGACAAAAGCACUUCUCUGAAUGUGUUUGUAAAGUCAUGUGAUGUGCUUUUUCAGAGGGUGGUGACUUGAAAUGUUAUCAGGAACAUUACUAAAGAUGCAAGCAGCUGAGGUGUACAUACGGGCGGCCUUAUUUAUGAGAUGUACGAUAUAUAUUUAUUUUCUACGUAUAAAGUAUAAAUAUAAAUCUAUAUAUUUAUUUAUUGCAAAGACUUUAUUUUGUAAUGAACUUGAAGUUAUCUGGACUGUAGAUUCUACUGAAAUUACACCAAAAAAACAAAACUGCAAUGAACAUGACAAUAAAAUUGUCCUGCUAUUGAGAACACAUUGUGAGAGACUAUUUUUGCUUGGAUAUAAAUAUGAUGUCCAUAUUAAAAACAGAUAAAGAAUCAA